AUGGUUACGCCGUGGGGAGCCGGACUUUUCGGAGCUGGAUAUGGAAUCGGGGCUGGACUGCUUUCCGGAUACGCUGCACCUGUAGCGGUUGCACCUGUUGCUCCAGCAGUUGCUGUUGGCUACGGGGGAAAUUAUGGUGGCGCUUUAGUUGGUGGUGCUGUGGCAGACGAUGGAAAUUCUAAAGUGGGCGUCAGCGAAACUUUAAUUGAAGCGGCUUUUAUUCCUGACAAAGGAUUUGAAGUAUUGAAAAAUCUAAUUGCUGUUAUGGACUUGUCAGAUUUAACUGCUUCGACAAAUAAAUACCAUCUUCAAAACGGAAAAUUAUGGCAUUUACCAUUAAGAUCUCCUGCUAUAUACGCAGCAGGAAAAUCAGGAACGUGGAAUGAGCAAAAGUCAAAAACAUUCGAUGGUGGAAUAGAAGAUCUAUCACAACAUUUACUACCAAGAUAUUCGAACCUGCUCUCAUUAUUAAGGCCACACUUAAAAGUGAAUAAGCUCGAAAAGUCGAGCAAGACUAUUAUGGACUUUUUGGAAAAUCUCGAGGUCGGAAAUAAGCAGAAUUUGGUAGGAAAAACAGAGCAUGCAGCAAGAAAAGUGGCACAAGAGACCACGGAUCCUGAAUUAGUUACAACAGAAAUGCCAUUCGAGGGAGUGAAGAUGUAUGUGAAGACCUUUCCGGUAGAGCAUGAAAAAGGAGAAAUACCACAGAAAAAAGUCGUACUGAGAGCACUUUUGAUAGCUAAAAAGAAACCACCACCUCCUGCUGUUAAUGAGGUAAUGGGUGAAAAUGAUUUUCCUUUGUACAUAUUGAAUAAAAGGUAUACGGAACGAAACGAUGAGUCUGAAACUGUUACCCUAGAGCCUUUUGACUACCCCAAGUUGGAAUCCGUAGUUUCUCCUAUACAAGCUUCCGGACAGACAAAACCGAUAAUGGAUUUUGUAGAGCCACCGAUUUUUGUGGAGAGAAUAAGAAUUCCUCUACUGGAAGAAAGAAUUUUUUUGAUUGCCUUGCUGGCAAUUGUGGCUGCUGAAGCAAGCUACGUUCCAGUCGUUCCAGUUGUCGAGAAAGUAGUACCAGUUGUUCCAGUCGUCAAGAACCCACCUAAACCCUUCUCUUUUGGAUACCAAGUGAAGGCCAAAGACGGUGAGCAAUUUCGAUCGGAGACCAGCGAUGGACAUGUCGUCAAGGGCAGUUACGGUUUCUAUGACAUCCGAGGCAUUAAGCGAGAAGUCAACUACAUUGCUGACGACAACGGAUUCCGGGCUCAGAUCGACACCAACGAGCCAGGCACAGCCAAUCAGAAUCCAGCUGGUGUUCAGAUCAACUCUUAUGCCCCCUAUGCAUUGAUUGUUGAUCCUCGUCGGAGUUUACUGUGCUGUGAUAGGGAUUCUACUGGCAGUAGGAAUUUACCGUCUUUACAAGUGGUGCACGAGGAGCCCUGCUUCAAAUGUGUAAUUGUCCUUACAGUAGCGGUGUCCUUUGUUGCCGGGAGUUUCGUACCAGAACCUGUACAUCACGCACCUCAGCCUUAUAAAUUUGGAUACAACAUAAAAGACAAGCAUGGAGAUCAAUACAGGGAAGAAGUCGGUGAUGGAGCCAGUGGCGUGAAGGGCAGUUACGGAUUCACCGAUGCCAGGGGCGUCCACAGACGCGUCGACUACGUUGCCGAUCAUGCCGGAUUCAGGGCGCAAGUCAAGACCAACGAGCCCGGCACAGCCAAUCAAGACCCAGCUGCUGUCAAGAUGAUCUCUUCUGCUCCAUAUGCCGGACCUGAAGCCGGGUUCUUGGGCGCCGGACUUGUGGGUGCACCUGCUGUCUUGGGUGCACCAGGAAUCGUUGGAGUCAACGGACUGGGUCUUGGAUACGAAGGACAAGGAUAUGCCGGACUCGGAUAUAGUAAUCUCGGAUAUGGCGGUCUCGGAUAUAGUGGUUUAGGAUACGGUGCCGGACUUCUUGGAGGUUUAGGUUACGCUCGAUAUGUGAAUCACCGAGCUGGAGACCGAAUUCAUGUAAUUGAAGCUGAGAGUGCCAACAAACUGACAGAUAAUGUAAAUUUAUCAGCAUCAAAUGUUAUAAGGAUGGUAUUUGUUGCCGUAAUUAUGGUGUCUUUUGCUGCAGGAUCAUGGAUACCUGAACCUGUGCAUCAUGCACCCAAACCUUACAAGUUUGGGUACAACAUAAAAGACAAACAUGGAGACCAAUACAGGGAAGAAGUCGGUGAUGGAACCAGUGGCGUGAAGGGCAGCUACGGAUUCACCGAUGCCAGGGGCGUCCACAGACGCGUCGACUACGUGGCGGACCAUGCCGGAUUCAGGGCUCAAGUCAAGACCAACGAGCCCGGAACAGCCAAUCAAGAUCCUGCUGCAGUCAAAAUGAUUUCUUCUGCUCCAUAUGCCGGACCUGAAGCCGGACUUUUGAGCACCGGACUUGUGGGUGCACCUGCUGUCUUAGGUGCACCAGGAAUCGUUGGCACCAACGGACUGAGUAUUGGAUACGAAGGACAGGGAUAUAACGGACUUGGAUACGGUGGUCUCGGAUAUGGCGGAUUGGGAUACGGGGCCGGACUUCUAGGAGGUUUAGCUGAUGUUUGUUUCGUCGUAGUUAUGGUGUCUUUUGCAGCAGGAUCAUGGAUCCCGGAACCUGUGCAUCAUGCGCCCAAACCUUACAAGUUUGGAUACAACAUAAAAGACAAACAUGGAGAACAAUACAGGGAAGAAGUCGGGGAUGGUGCCAGUGGCGUGAAGGGCAGCUACGGAUUCACCGAUGCCAGGGGCGUACACAGGCGCGUCGAUUACGUUGCCGAUCAUGCCGGAUUCAGGGCUCAAGUCAAGACCAACGAGCCAGGAACAGCCAAUCAAGAUCCUGCUGCAGUCAAAAUGAUUUCUUCUGCUCCAUAUGCCGGACCUGAAAGCGGAUUCUUGGGCGCCGGAAUUGUGGGUGCACCUGUUGUCUUGGGUGCACCAGGAAUCGUUGGCGUCAACGGCCUGGGUCUUGGGUACGAAGGGCAAGGCUAUGCCGGAUUCGGAUACGGUGGCCAUGGAUAUGGUGGUUUGGGAUACGGUACCGGACUUCUUGGAGGUUUAGGUUACGUAAUUCUCGCUACAGUUGUGGUUUCCUUAGUUGCUGGGUCUUUGAUACCAGAACCUGUGCAUCUCGCACCUAAGCCUUACAAGUUUGGAUACAAUAUAAAAGACAAGCAUGGAGAUCAAUACAGGGAAGAAGUCGGUGAUGGAGUCAGUGGCGUGAAGGGCAGCUACGGAUUCACCGAUGCCAGGGGCGUACACAGGCGUGUUGACUACGUUGCAGACCAUGCCGGAUUCAGGGCUCAAGUCAAGACCAACGAGCCCGGCACAGCCAACCAAGACCCUGCUGCCGUCAAGAUGAUAUCUUCCGCUCCGUAUGCCGAACCUGAAGCCGGAAUCUUGGGUGCCGGACUUGUAGGUGCACCUGCUGUCUUAGCUGCACCAGGAAUCGUUGGCGCAAACGGAUUGGGCCUUGGAUAUGGAGGAUUGGGAUAUAAUGGACUAGGCUACGCUGGUGCUGGAUAUGGUGGUAUAGGGUAUGGUGCUGGACUCCUUGGAGGUUUAGGCUACGCUAGAUAUGGUUAUUAA